AUGAUUGAUCAAUUUGUGAAAGGGUUCUAAAAAAUAGAUAGAUUUGGAGCCAUAUUUAGACCACCUAUAAUAGAUAUUCAUCCUGAAUAUAGAUCAGUUCUAGGUGGAAUAGCAACAUUUAUUUUAUAUGGGUCAAGUCUUGCAUACUUUUUGUAUCAAAUUAUCUAAUGGCAAUCAAACUAAUUAUUACCAAAAAUUACAUACAUUUAAACUUCUUAUGAUAAGAAAUACUAUAAUAUUGAAUAGAUGUUAUCUUCUUUUUAAAUUAGAAAAAACUAUAGACCUGAUUAAAUUGACCCAUUUGAUCCUAAAAACAUUAUUUUACAACCUAUCCUUUCUAAAUUUGCUAAUUAAUAACUUGUAUAAUCAUUUUCUUUUUUCUAUAACUAAAAAUCAGAUAAAGAAGAUAUUCAUGAAGUUAUUUUAGACAACAUAGAACUGAAUUUAAACUUGAACUAAUCCAAAGAUGAUCCAUAAAUUGAGUAUUUAUUAUCUUUUGGUACUUGUAUUGAUAAAUAUUUAUUGGAAGGGUAAAAAUGUGCAAAUUAAUCAUUGGUUGAUACUUACAUGAAUUAAAAAAGUCAUGCCAUAAUAUUAAAUCAUUAUGUUAAAGAAUAUAACUCAAAAUAAAAAUAAAUGUAAGAUGUAAAAAAACAAUAUUUAGCAAUUCUCACUAAUAAUACAACCUUAUAUUUUUAAAAUUAAAUUAGAUUAUCACAAACAUAAAUUGAUGAUGGAUUUUUAUUUCCAUCUAAUUCUUAUAAAGAAUUUCCUAUGGAUACAAUAAUCAUAUCUUAAACUACAGUUCCAGAUAGCUUUUAUAAUGUUUUUGAAAGAGCAACUUACUUAGUAAUGGCAUAUGGUUUAAGUGAAGUUAUUCAAGAAUAAUAUAUAGAAUAUCCUAAAAUAUCUGAAGUCUUAGCUGAUAUAGGAUCAAUUGUUUCAAUUAUCUUGAUUUUAUCUUAUUUAUUUGUGUUUUUCAAUGAACAUAAAUUAGAGAAAGAAUCAAUCUAAAAAGUUAUUUAAAUGUAUUAUCCAGAAUUUUCUAAUAUCAAAUUUCUUCAAAAUUGGUAUGGUAAAAUUGUAGAAGUAAAAUAAAAUGAUUUAUCAAUUGACAAAAAAGAAUUUAUGUUAUUUUACAAUAAAAUUUAAAGAAUUGCUGCUAAAAAACUUAGUAUUACGAAUAUUUUAUAUUCUUUGGCAAAAUUGCAAUUCUUACUUUAAUCUACUUAUAAUUCUGAUAAAAUUAAAUUAGCUCAUAAAAUUGGUAUUAAACUUAAAUAGUUUUCUAAAGUUAAUAAUAUCCAAUCACCAUAAUUGAUUUAAGAGUAAUUAAAUAUGCAAGAGAUAUCAAAGAAUGAAUCAAAAGAGCACAUACAAAUACAUGAUAUAGCAAAUAUUAAUUUUAAUGAUUAAAGUAAUUAUUAAAAUUCUAUGAUACGUGAAGAAACUAUCAAGAAGGAUAAUUCUAAAAGCAUAUUUUUAAAAUUAAAAGAUGAAAGUUAUCUCUUAAGUGAUUAGGAUUUCUAACUUUUUACUAUAGAUGAACCUAUAGUUAUAGAAAAUGAUAUCUAAAAAUUAGAUUCAUAUUUUGAGAAUAAUUAUAUUGAUCUUUGA